AUGGCGGCACUAGGUGAAGUCCAGCCGGGUGAACUAUCUUUCUUUGCUCCUCGAGGAUAUCAGCGGCAUGAUUGUGGCUAUUGCAAGAGUGCAGAUGGGAGUGCUAGCUAUUAUGCAUCGUCCACCUCGGUUCGUGUAGAAGAAUACGAAGAGCUUCUGAACCGAGGAUGGAGAAGAUCUGGGACUCUUUACUACAAACCAAACCUGGAGCGGUCAUGCUGCCCUCAUUAUACUAUGAGGUUAGAAGCGAGCUCGUAUAAACCUAGAAGAGACCAGAAGAAGGCUCUCAAUCGCUGGAACAAAUUUGUUCUUGGCCAGGAAUAUAUUCGGAGUGCCGCUAGACUCUGCCCUAAGACAAGAGAGGAAAAGAAAUAUCGCAGAAAUACCUUUGACUUAAGGCAACGAGUUCAUGAAGCCGAGUAUAGUCAGCUCAAGCGCCCGGUUGAUCCGAAAACAAAGAGGCCGAUAGAACCGGCCCAUAAGUUUGAAGUGAAUAUUGAGGCCGAUUCAUUGUCAUUAAUGAAGCAUAAUAUCUUCCUCAACUACCAAAUGACUGUGCACAAAGACCCGCAAGAGAGAUGGAAGCAAUCGGAUUACAAACGCUUCCUCUGUUCUGGGAUUAAGCGUAAGACAGUGAGGCAAGGUUUUAAGGAGCAGAAGCUAGGUUCAUAUCAUCAAUGUUACCGGCUCGACGGAGAGCUUAUUGCCGUUGGGGUCCUCGAUCUAUUACCCACCGGUGUCAGUUCAGUUUAUAUAUAUUAUGAUCCACAAUACGAACAUUGGGAGAUCGGAAAACUGAGUGCCAUGAGAGAAAUCGCUUUGGCAAUUGAGGGUCAUCAUCAGUAUUACUACAUGGGAUACUACAUACACUCCUGUCCCAAAAUGCGGUAUAAAGGGGCAUUUCGGCCUCAGUACCUUUUAGACCCCGAAUCCCUUUCUUGGGACCCUCUGGAUAGCUACGUUGAGAAACUCAAUAAGCGAAGAUACGUAUCUCUAUCCCGGGACCGCAAGGUCGGCGAAGAACAAGCGAAUGAAUCUCGAGACGAUGGAUUUAUCCUCCCCGGUGAAGAAGAAAUGUCUCUAUUUGACAUCCACAUGCCCGGCGUCCUGACAUUAGAAGAACUUCAGGCCCAGAUUGAUCUUGAUCACUGGCGUCUGCUUGUCCAUAACACUUUAGUGGAAAUGACCGACUUAGUUGCGUGGGAGAAGUCGAAUAUCAAGGAACCGCACGCAAUCAAAGGUAUAGUCGCUGAGCUUGCGGCCGCCCUGGGCCCGAAGGUGGUCAAAAACUCCGCCGUCGUGUUGUUUGCCUCUGGAUAG